UAUAAGUGAAAACGAGGUUGCCGACGUGGGACGCCAUCUUUGUGGUUAAAGCGCGAGACUAGUAGACAAGUCCAUUUGUUUUCAGCAUAUUUUAGUCUCAAACAUACUGACUUGAACGACCCAAGAGAGGCCAAGGCACAAUUGUUGCACAAAAUGGCUAAAAGAGAGGCAGACUUCGGUCAGUCCACCAACUGGCCACCUGAUAAGAAAAAGAAGCGCCGCAGCAGAUGGGGAGGUGACGACGCAGAGAAAACUUUCAUCCCAGGCAUGCCUACAGUAAUUCCAACUGGUUUAACCAUGGAGCAAGAGAAACAGUACCUAGUGCACCUGCAGAUCGAGGAAAUCAGUCGACGGCUACGGACAGGGGACCUGGGCAUACCAACUAAUCCUGAAGAAAGAUCUCCAUCUCCUGAGCCUAUCUACAACUCUGAAGGCAAGCGACUGAACACAAGAGAGUACCGUACCAGGAAGAAACUGGAGGAAGAGAGACACGCCCUCAUACAGGAUGCCAUGAACCUGAAUGACGAGUACAAGCCGCCUGCAGAUUACAAACCCCCUAUUAUUAGAGUGAGUGACAAGGUGAUGAUUCCACAGGAAGAACACCCAGAUAUCAACUUUGUAGGACUUCUCAUUGGACCAAGGGGAAACACACUGAAAAAUCUAGAGAAGGAUACUGGAGCCAAGAUUAUAAUAAGAGGUAAAGGUUCAGUAAAGGAGGGGAAGAUAGGACGUAAAGACGGACAGCCUCUGCCUGGAGAGGAUGAACCCUUACAUGCCUAUGUCACUGCUAACAACCCAGAGAAUGUGGCCAAGGCAGUGGAGAAGAUCAAAGAGAUAAUCAAACAGGGUAUAGAAGUUCCUGAGGGUCAGAAUGAUUUAAGAAGACAACAGUUGAGGGAGCUGGCCUUGCUCAAUGGUACACUGAGGGAGAAUGAUGGACUGGCGAAGUUAAAACAGCUUCAGCAGGCCCAGACCAUAGUCACCAACACUAUCAUAUGUACAGUGUGUGGUGGGGCGGGACAUUUAGGACAGGAUUGUAAACAGAAAAAGCCUGGUGAUUCAUUCCGCAACCUGACAGCCAUGGCCCCCACCCCUAUCGACAAAGCUAAGAUGGACAGCGAGUACAUGUCGUUGAUGGCAGAGCUGGGGGAGGGACCGCCACCAGAACAACCCAAGCCACAGCCUCCACAGCACCCACAGUUCAAUACUAACCCACCACGGAUGCCAUUUGGAGGACCCCCAAGUCAUCAGCCUCAGAAUGACUUUGCUCCAAGGCGCAGUCGGUUCAAUGAGCCCCCUGGUGUAGCCCCUGGGGGUCCACCUCCACACUCCACAGCUGGCUCCUCACUGCUGAACCCGCCUUGGCUACAGCAAGCACAACAGCAACAACAGAUGUUACAGGAACAAGAGAGAAUGCGUCAACAGUCACAGCAGCCUCCUCACAGCCAGCAACAGCCUCCUUCUCUGAUGAAUAUUCCAGCCCAGCCCACAGGGACCCUGUCUGGACAGACCCCCCUGGGCAUGCCACCCCCUUCCACAGCAGGCAGUAUGCCCCCCUGGCAACAGCAGCAGCAGAGUACUACAGCAGGCGGCUCCACUCCACUGUUGUCAGCGCCCCCUCCACCCCCGCCUAGUAUGACCUCCUGGCAGAAUAACACAAACACAUCUGGUGUACCUCCUCCACCUCCAGGCAGUAUGGGGUCCAGCAUGCCACCGUGGCAGUCAGGGCCACCCCCACCCCCAGUACCCCCUGUACAGUACCCCUGGCAGCAGGCACCACCUCCACCAGCACCAGUGGCACCACCCCCACCCCCACCCUCCUCUCAGGCUGGCUUCAACCCCAUGGCUCCACCACCACCCCCUCCCUCAGCUGGUAACAACUAUGGUGGACUGCAGGGGUUGAACCCUCUCCUAGGGGCACCGCCCCCACCCCCGCCAAGUUAGGGAGAGAACUUGUAACUGUGAGGAAGACACCCAUUAUCAUUGCUGAUGCCACUUAGUAGGCUGACAUCUCUCUUGACCCAUGUUGUGUUUCAGAUUAUUGCCACUGGCUGAGGAUUUAUUUUGGAUGCAUAUAGUCAUUCUCCAUUUGUACAGAUUUUGAUACAUUUUCUUUGAUGUCAGAUAUUAAUUCUACAUAUUCAAUUUAUUUGAAAAGACCUAAUAUUAUCACACAUUCUAGUCCAAGUGAAUUUUUUCUUUCAAAGAAUUAUGGAUGCCCGUUGGAUAUCUCAAAUUUUAUUUAUUUUUUUAAUAUAGCUAAUGUGGCAUAUUCAGGUCAAAUAAUGAGUAUCUAGCACAAUUAGGGUUUCCUUACAAAGGCAUUCUAAACAGUAAAAGGAAAUAGGCCAGAAUUUGAUUAUUGGCAAAUUUCUGGUAUUUUUGAAAAAAUGCUGAUACUGUCUUCAAAUCUAGAACCAUUGUAAAAUCUUAUCAUGAAUAUUUUCAAACUUAUUACUUUGGCCAAGAUGUGUCUUUUAAUUCACAACAUGUCACUAAGACCAUUUCAGUGUGGAAUUUACUAGAAUUUUCAGUUUAAGUUCCAUUUAUAAAGCAGACUGGUCUGCUCGGACAGAUUUGUUUGGAUGUUAGUAACCAACAAAAUGAUGACAUAAUUUAUUAGGUAUUGCAUAGACACCUGUGUGAAACAAAUGUACAGAGAAAUUCAUUUGUUAUGAUUGAAAGGGAUGAAAGUAUAUAGACGUUGGUUUUUAUAUGAUAGGUUAUUUACAUCCAUUAGGUGGUUGAUUCUUGUCAGAAUUAAACUGUAAUUGUUCUAUUAAUCAGAGUGAUGUUAUGACUUGUAACUUCUUUGCAUUUGCCUUGAUAUAUUUCACUGCUGCAGCUGAUGAGAAAGUGAAGCGUUUAUGAUCAUAACAAUUCUAUUUUGAUGUUGAAGAGAAGAAAUAAAUAUGUUUUGU